CUAAAUUUGAAUCGCCGGCAUCUCUCCGUGACACUAGACGGCGGCGAUUCGGUGAAAUUCAGAACGUCGUUACGAUACCUUCUUCAAUUCCACCGGCUAACUUGAAACCUUCAGCUAAUCCGAUGGAGGAGAUAGCUGAAGCAAAGAAACGGAAGCUAGUCGAAACACAGUCCUUCGGGUUCGGGUUCUGGAAAUGGGCCGCCGCAGCUGUGCUGUUCAGAUUGAUCCUCAUUUACUUCCCAAUAAGUCUUAACUUGGCUUCUCGGCCGGAAGUCUCCACCCCGGUUACUAGCCUCCGUCGUCUCGCUGAAGGAUACUGGUUGAAGAAGUUAUCAAUGUCGCCUUAUGCCGGUUCUAUGUAUCAUGGAUCGCCACUGUUACUUUCUAUAUUGGGACCUCUCACCGUGAAAAGUUUUGAAGGGCAAUCAAAUCAUCUACUAUGCAGUUUGUUGUCUGUGGUUGCAGAUUCUAUUUCCGCGGUUCUUAUUCGAGGGAUUGGUCAGAGGCUUCAAAUUGCAUAUGAUCAGAACCUAAGAUGGCUUGGUCUUGCAGAGUUAGUCCAAGGGAGUUUGCCGUCAGGGGAUAUUGCUGCUCUGGUGUAUUUAUGGAACCCUUUUACUAUACUAACCUGUGUAGGUUUUAACUCGACGCCUAUUGAAAAUAUGAUUGUGAUCUUGUCCCUCUAUGGAGCAUGUACAGGUCUUGUACCUUUGGCCGCUUUUGGUUGGGUGCUAGCAUCGCAUCUGUCUCUAUACCCUGUUUUUCUGGUUGUACCGAUAGUCAUUUUGCUCGGCUGCGGUGUGGAUGGUCCACCAAGGAAACUGUUUUCACAAUUCUCUUCAAAAGCUGGCAAGGAUAUUGGAAGUGAUAGUCAUAUUGGAAGUAUAAAAACGCAGGCAACAUUUUGUUUACUGAGGCCUAUUUUGCUCUUCACGUUGUGGGCUGCAAUAUGGGCAUCUUAUCUAUUAAUCCUGUGUGGUAUCUCAUUGAAAAAGACUGGUGGUCUGCUGGAGAUGUUUGAAAGGACAUAUGGAUUUAUCCUCACUGUUAAAGAUCUCUCUCCAAACAUAGGCGUACAAUGGUACCUCUUUGCAGAAGUCUUUGAGUUCUUCAGGGAUUUUUUCCUGUUAGUUUGUCAUGCAAAUAUUUUGUUCAUGAUUUUGCCUCUGGCUAUACGGUUAUACAACCGGCCGUGCUUUCUGGCUUUUGUGUACAUGGCAAUCUCUUCAAUUCUUAAAUCUUAUCCAUCGGUUGGAGAUUCUGCUUUAUACUUGAGUUUAUUGGCGCUCUUUACCAAUGAAUUAGCAGAAAUACAAUUUUCAUUUUUCCUCUUUUGCGGAUAUGUUGGAGUGUCCUUACUUAGCCCAGUGAUGCAUAAUCUAUGGAUAUGGAGGGGAACUGGCAAUGCAAAUUUUUACUUCGCUACUGCAAUGGCAUAUGCUUGCUUCCAGGUUAUUUGUUUAACGCUCGCUCUGAAAUACUCAUCUUCAAAUGAAAAUCUCCAUCAAAACUUGUUCUCAUGCAAUUCUGCUCCUUAUGCUAGUUGUUGGUGUUUGUUUUGAUUUUCUUUAUCUUUCUGAAAACGCAGAUUGUGUUGGUUGUUGAGAGUGUUUCUUCCAUGCUUAACCACGAUAGAAGGAUCAGGAAACUGAGUUCCACGGAAAAAGCUAAAGUUUCAUGACAAGAUAGUUUACUCUCUAUUGUUUUGUCACUACUUAAUACAACCUGCUUUUUGGGUUGGCUAAAUCAAGUCUCGAUGCUUCGAUGACAUCAGAGCUUCACGUCUGGUCUGUCUUCUUAUUUUGGGUUAUUUUUGUGGGUCCUUUUCCUCUCCUACUUCCUGGUGUGUAAUUCAAUUGUGUAAAAGUCCGGUUCAUAGCCUGCGAAGUUCCCUUUCUGCUUGGUGGCGUUCAGAGAUUCAGAAUGUGGGGCUUGUAAAACAGGCUGCAUAUAUGAUGUAUGGGUGGAGAUCGGAUGCUGGCAAGCUUCCCUUAAGGUAUACAGGUAGUAGAUGGAGAUGUUUUGUUAGGUGAUUGUGUGAUUCACAACGAUGUCUGUUUCGGUUAUUGUGGCCGAUUGUAUAUUUUUGUUUCCCGAUGGAAAUGCAUCUGACUAGAGAAUUUAUGCUGAAGACAUCAGUGACAGUUCUGAUAAACAAAUUCUCGUUUGUAACACAUUGAGGUAAGAGGAAAAAAGCUGAUUGACAUGAAAGAAUUAUGGGUUUUCAAGUGAUCUGCAUUCCUAUGUUACUGCCAUAAUUUCUUACACGUGAUGAAGAUGCACUCAUUUCUGGAAAAAACAAAGAACAAACGUUGCAAAGUGCAAUGAAACUUGCAACACAUUCAGCAUUUUCAGUUGCUUUCACGAACCCUUUUUUUUUUUCCCCGUAUCUUAUGUGAACAUGUAGAAGUAAAUGUAGAAGUAAAUGUGAACAUGGUGAAACAAAAUCCUAUAUGCGGAA